UUUUAUAUUUCUGUGGUGUUCGUUGUAAUCUCUUCAUUUUCAUUUCUUAUUUUAUUUGUGUGCUCUCUCUUUUCUUCUUGGUGAGCCUGGCCAGAGGUUUGUCAAUUUUGUUUACUCUUUCAAAAAACCAGAUCUUGGUUUGAAUUUUUCUGUUGUUUUUUUAAUGUCUAUUUUAUUUAUUUCCUCCCUGACGUUUCUUAUUUCCUUUCUUCUGCUGACUUUGGGUUUUGUUUGUCCUUCUUUUUCUAAUUCUUUUAGUUGGUAGGUUAGGUUGUUUAUUUGAGAUUGUUCUUUUUUGAGGAAGCCCUGUAUCACUAUGAACUUCCCUCUCACCAAUUCUAUUUGAUAUAGUAUUGGAAGUCCUAACCAUAGCAAUUAGACAAGAAAAAGAAAUAAAAGGGCCUUUUGGUGCUGUGGCCACAGCCAUGAGUAUGCUCAGGCUUCAGAAGAGGCUUGCCUCCAGUGUCCUUUGCUGUGGCAAGAAAAAGGUCUGGUUGGACCCCAAUGAGACCAAUGAAAUCGCCAAUGCCAACUCCCAUCAGCAGAUCCCAAAGCUGAUCAAAGAUGGGCUGAUCAUCCAAAAGUCUGUGACUGUCCAUUCCUGAGCUUGAUGCUGGAAAAACACCUUGGCCCACCAGAAGGGCAGGCACAUGGGCAUAGGGAAGCAAAAGGGUACUGCCAAUACUCAAAUGCCUGAGCAGGUAACCUGGAUGAGGAGGAUGAGAAUUCUGCACCAGCUGCUCAAAAGAUACUGUGAAUUUAAGAAGAUUGACCACCACAUGUAUCACAGCUUGUACCUGAAAGUGAAGGGUAACAUGUUCAAAAACAAGCAGAUUCUCAUGGAACACAUCCACAAGUUGAAAGCAGACAAGGAUCUCAGGAAGCUUCUGGCUGACCAGGCCAAGGCCCGCAGGUCUAAGACCACGGAAGCAUGGAAGCACCAUGAAAAGCGGCUCCAGGCCAAGAAGGAGGAAAUCAUCAAGGCUCUGUCCAAGGAGGAAGAGACCAAGAAAUAAAGUUUUCCCCCUCUUGUCUGUACAUGAUGGCCUUGGCUAUUGCAUGGAUCACUCAUUCAAUAAAACAAGGCUUUAUCUGUCAAAAGAAAAAAAAAAAAAGAAAUAAAAGGGUUCCAAAUUGGAAGAGAAGAGGUAAAAUUGUCGCUAUCUGUGGAUGAUGUGAUACUAUAUAUAGAAAACCCUAAGGGAUCCACACAAAAACUACUAGAGCUGAUAAAAGAAUAUGGCAAGGUAGCAGGAUACAAGAUUAACAUACAGAAAUCAGUGGCAUUUCUUUACACUAACAGUGAAGUAUCAGAAGAGGAAAGUAAAGAAACAAUCCUUUUAAAAAUUGCAUCCAAAACAAUAAAAUACUUAGGAUAAAUCUGACCAAGGAAGUGAAAGACAUAUGCAGAGAACUACAAAACAUUGACUAAGGAAAUUAAAGAUAACUUAAAGAAAUGGAAAGAUAUCCCAUGUUCUUGGAUUGGAAGAAUUAAUAUUGUUAAAAUGGCCAUACUACCCGAAGUGAUCUACAUAUUUAAUGAGAUCCGUAUCAAAUUACCCAGAACCUUUUUCACAGAAUUAAAACAAAUAAUUCUAUAAUUUAUAUGAAAUCACAAAAGAUCCAGAAUUUCCAAAGCAUUACUGAAGAAAAAGAAUGAAGCUGGAGGAAUAACCCUCCCAGACUUCAGACAAUACUACAGAGCUACAGUAAUCAAAACAGCAUAAUAUUGUUACAAAAACAGACAUGUAGAUCAAUGGAACAGAAUAGGGAGCCCAGAAAUAAACCCACACACCUAUGGUCAAUUAAUCUUUGACAAAGGAGGCAAGAACAUACAAUGAAGUAAAGACAGUCUCUUCAGCAAAUGGCGUUGGGAAAACCAGACAGUUGCAUGUAAAUUAGUGAAGUUAGCGUACUACCACAG